UGUCACACGUUUCCACAAACAAUGCACCGCGCCCGUGAGCGCACGACCACACGAGCAUCUCGGAAAUGAGAAGCGAUUGCUUUUGUCUGAUGUUUGGCUGCCGCAUGUACGCGAUCAGCCAAGGCCGUCAAGCGUGCGUCAUGGGGGAAAUUUUCUGACCAUCAUGACUGACUGGUGACAAAAGGAACGGAUUGUAUUUUUUGUUUGGGGGGGGUGAAGAAGGAAAUAAUGCCGGUCCGCAGGGGCCACGUAGCGCCACAUAAUACAUUUCUCGGAGUAAUAAUUCGUAAAUUCGAAGGACAAAACAAGAAAUUCAUCAUCGCCAAUGCUUGUGUGCAAAACUGCGCCAUCAUCUACUGCAACGAUGGAUUCUGCGAGCUGACCGGUUUCUCCAGGCCGGAUGUCAUGCAGAAGUCGUGCAUAUGCGACUUCCUGCACGGUCAGUCCACAAGCCGCUAUGCCAUCACUCAAGUCGCUCAGGCCCUCCUGGGAUCGGAGGAACGCAAGGUGGAGAUCAUGUACCAACGUAAAGACGGUUCAAAGUUUCUGUGUGCCACACAUAUCAUUCCGGUGAAGAAUGAAGACGGCGUGGUCAUGAUGUUCAUUCUUAAUUUCGAUUACAUUCUGGACGAGGGCAGCAGCGACUCGGUGGAGAAGCUAAACCGCGCUUCCCCUUCCAAAGCUGACCAACGAAAAAGAAGAUUCUUCCAUUUCCGUUUGCCAGUUUUACCACUUCUGGGCAUCAGCAAGCAGUCCCUGCCUCAGGAAGACCCCGAUGAUGUGAUGGUGGAAUCUCCUUGCCACAGUGACGACUCCAUAACAAUGUGUAACGACCAACUGGCCAACAUCCAGGAGAGCUGGAGUCGUUCCAACCCCAACGACACUCUCAUCGUCCCGAGUUUUUCUUCCACACCCGUUUCUGGCCCGUUGGAUCACUCCUCGCCCAAAGGUCCUUGGGACAGAUUAUAUCCAGAUGCCAAGUGUCAGGAGGACACAAUUAUCGCCACGCCAUCCAUCCCGGGCCUCACUCCCACCGCAUCCAGGGAGAGCGUAUGUAGCAUUCGGAAAGCCUCAUCCCUCUAUGACGUGGACGGUUUUAGAUCCAACUCCAAGGAGGCCUUCAGGGAUCGCCACGACAGUGAAGGGCCUCUCAUCCAGAUCAAAUCAAGUCUGCUCUGCUCCACCUCCGAUUCCAAUCUCAACAAGUACAGCACAAUCAACAAGAUUCCCCUCAUCACGCUUAACUUCUCAGAGACCAACGUUGAGAAGAAAUGCCCAUCGCCGCCGUGUUCGGAGAAAACCGUGAUUGCGCCCAAGGUCAAAGACCGAACGCACAAUGUCACGGAUAAGGUCACACAGGUUCUAUCGCUGGGUGCCGACGUACUGCCUGAGUACAAACUCCAGAGCCAGCGCAUGGAUAAGUGCACCAUCCUUCACUACAGCCCCUUCAAGGCAGUGUGGGACUGGCUCAUCCUCCUCUUAGUCAUCUACACGGCCAUUUUCACGCCUUACUCGGCCGCCUUCCUCCUCAACGACGUGGAGGAGCAGAGUAGACGCGAGUGCGGCUACUCCUGCUCGCCGCUCAAUGUGGUGGACUUGAUCGUGGACAUCAUGUUCAUCGUGGACAUCCUCAUCAAUUUCCGCACCACGUAUGUCAACAGCAACGAGGAGGUGGUCAGCCACCCGGGCAAGAUAGCCGUCCACUACUUUAAAGGCUGGUUCCUCAUAGAUAUGGUGGCCGCCAUUCCCUUUGACCUACUCAUCUUUGGAUCGGGAUCUGAUGAGACCACCACCCUGAUCGGUCUGCUGAAGACGGCCCGCCUCCUGCGUUUGGUACGGGUCGCACGCAAACUGGACCGCUACUCCGAGUACGGCGCUGCCGUGCUCAUGCUGCUCAUGUGUAUCUUUGCCCUCAUCGCUCAUUGGCUAGCCUGCAUCUGGUACGCCAUCGGCAAUGUGGAGAAGCCGUAUUUGGAGCACAAAAUUGGCUGGCUGGAUAACCUGGGCUUAUCUAUAGGCAAAAAAUAUAACUACAGUGACCCAGGUUCCGGACCGUCCAUCAAAGAUAAGUACGUCACUGCACUUUACUUCACCUUCAGCAGUUUGACCAGCGUGGGCUUUGGCAACGUCUCCCCCAACACCAACUCAGAGAAGAUCUUUUCUAUUUGCGUCAUGCUCAUUGGAUCACUAAUGUACGCCAGCAUCUUUGGGAACGUCUCGGCCAUCAUCCAAAGGGUGUAUUCCAGUACGGCCCGUUACCACCUCCAGAUGCUGCGAGUCAAAGAAUUCAUCCGCUUUCACCAGAUCCCAAACCCGCUUAGGCAGCGGCUCGAGGAGUAUUUUGAACACGCGUGGACGUACACCAACGGCAUUGACAUGAAUAUGGUCCUGAAGGGUUUCCCGGAGUGCCUCCAGGCAGAUAUCUGCCUUCACCUCAACAAGAACCUCCUGCAAGGCUGCAAGGCGUUUGGCGGUGCCACUAAAGGUUGCCUGCGGGCGCUGGCCAUGAGGUUCAAAACCACGCACGCACCCCCCGGAGACACACUGGUUCAUUGCGGAGACGUGCUCAGCGUGUUAUAUUUUGUCACGCGUGGCUCCAUCGAGAUCCUCAAAGAAGAUGUUGUGGUGGCCAUCUUGGGCAAGAACGACAUAUUUGGAGAAAUGAUCUCCCCGUCAGCAAAGCCAGGAAAAUCAUGCGCUGAUGUGCGGGUGCUGAGCUAUUGCGACUUGCACACCAUCCAGCGGGGGGAGCUCUUGGAGGUUCUGGACAUGUAUCCAGAAUUUGCUGACCAUUUUAUGACGAACCUGGAGCUGACCUUUGACCUCUGUAAUGAGAAUGCCAAGAGACCCAACACGCAAGACAUCGAUUCCAGCGUGGACCCUCAAAUGAGUUGGAGGAGAAUGUCAUGCGCUAGGAAGUCUUCGAUUGGUCUUCCUGCACCAACAUUCUGCAACUCCACUCCAGAGCAAACCUCCUCCACAGCCAAGGAGCGGCGAGAUUCUGCCAUGGCUGCUGGAGAGCACGAGGAGGAGGAAGAGGAGGAGGAGGAAGAGGAAGAGAAACCCAAACCUUGGCGUUCCAGCGCACUGGGCAAGCCACCGGUCCCGGACCAGCGCAGCUCUGCCGCUGGGCUCGACACUUCUGAGCACCUCGAAGACCAGUGGACACUUACAAACCAAGAAAAGGAGUCACUCCGGGGUCAGGCCACGCCAGUCGAAGAGGACGACACCGAUACCGACCUCAGCUACGUGGAAGUGGAGCAGCGGCUGGACAGGCUGCAACAGCACCUCAACAGGCUGGAGUCCCAGAUGACGGCCGACAUACGAGCCGUCCUCCAGCUCCUCCAGAGGCAAACUUCUUCCUUCCCGCCUGCCUACAGCGCCGUCCAGCCCGGAGGAACCGAGAUUGGCCAUCAGGGUGCGGCAAGCGUCGGACAUCCGGACAAGUCCUACUCGACAUCCACUUCUGGGUCCUGGCACAGAGACUCAUCCAGGUGUGAACAUAGCUGGAGUGGAGCAGAGACUUCCAGUGGGGAACGUGUCCUCUGUUGAGUGAUGCCCGUACCAGCUUCCCAGCAACGUCACCAGCAGCUCAGUACCAGCGGGACUCCGUGGACCAAGCCGUGUCUGACCUGCGGCACUCCCCAAGAUGACCAAGGACUUUUUUAGUUGGACUCAGGGUAGAAGAAUAUGCAAAGGAACAAAACACGACUUCCAUUC